AUGACUGUUUCUUUCCGCCUUUUCAAAAUCGGAAACCCAGGAAGCUGCCCCAGUUUGGGAGCAGAGCGGGUAGUCCCCACUCUCCUGUCUAAUCCCUCCUUCUCCUCCCCGAGUUCCACCGCCCCAGGCGCACAGGUUUCCGCCAGAUGUCUUUUCUUCCUCCCAGUCUUUGCCCGAGCGCUUCCGAGAGCCAGUCCUGGACUGAUCGCCUUGGAUGGGAUACCGGGGGAGGGCAGAAGGACACUUGGUUUCCUCUCCAGGAAUCUGAGCGGCCCUGAGGUCCGGGGGCGCAGGGAAUCCCCUCUCCCGCCGCCGCCGACAUGUCUGGUCUGUACGUCUUUAGGGGGUCGAGGAAGUCACGUCGGGACAGACUGGGGAGAGUAAGGUUAAGAAAGGCUGGCAUGUUUUAUGUUUUAGUGACGACGCUUAAUAGGCUGUAUAUCUGCUCUAUAUGCAGCACAUACAUACAUAGCUUUUUAAAAAACUCUAUUUUGUGGAAUGAAAUGGCUACCCUCAGUGUACAUAGCUGUAAUUUAUCUUUGUAGCUAAGUUGCUUUUAACAGAAGAAAUACUGUUCUCCGUACCUUCACCCCCACCUGUUUCUUGGAAAGGGGGGAAAGGUAAAUUCUCCUCAUAAUACUGCUCCUAAGCAGUUACCCUGUAAGUAGUUAAUGUGAGCUCCACGGGUCACCAAUAUAAAGUUUCCUGCCUUCUGAUGGACAAAGGAAGCGGCGAUGGGCAGAAUUUGCAGGGACGCUAAAUGUCCAAAACGUCUGCCUUCAAGCAUUUCUCUCCCUGAUGCGUGGAUUAUUUUGGUUGCUAGCCCUUCAUAGGAGACACCGGUAAAAUAAAUUCGAGUUUUAAAGUUCA